CGCUCAUUAGCGUCGCAUUCGUACGUCAUCAAUGACCGCUCCCUUUCAACGCUUAGGAAUGCUGUACAGCUGGUCGGAAAAUGGCUGCUGCGACUAUGGCAGGGGCCGAUGCCCAUAGGAUGGAGCAGAAAAAGUUGGAGUAUUUCUCCUCCAUCAACUCCAUGGCCAGGAAAAUAAUGCAAGAAAGGGAGAACAUCAAGGAGAGACAUGGACCCGAUUGGGAGAAAAUGACACCGAAUGAACAAGACAGCGCCAUCGACAAUGGAAUGAUGGACCCACAUAUUCGUGCUCGAUAUGCUAUGCAUAGGGUUGACCGAGAAGAUGUCAUUUGUUAUCCUAAAUUGCUCAUUCAGACCGGACAGAAAAUUGUCCAUUUUGGUGUUGAGGACAUAACUUGGCAAGAUGAGCACUCUGCCCCAUUUUCCUGGGAGACCAAGAGCCAGUUGGACAUCAGCCUGACAACAGGUGAAUCUGUGCAGGGCAUCUCCUCUUCAAUCGCUAACUACAAGCCAACUAAUGUCACCCAGAGCAGCCAGCUGAGCAAGGUGUCCAAUGGCGAGAGCCUCGGCCUGGGCAGGAAAGAGGAGUCCUCCUCCUUCUGGAAGAUCAGUGCUGAGAGAUCCAGGCUGGAGGGUGAACAGGCAGACUUCCAAUCCCUAACCCCCAGCCAAAUCAAGUCCCUGGAGAAGGGGGAGAAGCCACUGCCCUCCUACCUUCGUCAGGAGCCCACCCCCAAGGAGGCAGAGGAGAGCCCACCCCCGGUACGGGUGACCUCGCAGAGAUCCCCCAGGCCGCCUGCACCUCCUCCCCCUGUGCCCAUCGGUGCCCCCCCCCCAGCAGCCAUAAGUGUGACCCCUAUGAGCAUGACUCCCACCCCUGCUCUUAUCAGUGUGUCGUCCACUGUGGCUGGCUGGGAGCACGCUCAGAGCACCCUCCCCUCAGUCAGCAACACAGUGGAGGACGUCUUCACUCCGGGGCUGGCCAAGAAAUCCCCGGGGCUGCCUACCAAUUCCCCUGCCCGCUCAGGCAACACUGCCAGAGAGAGAGAGGAGAAGGCUGCUGCUCAGUCUGAGUCGCAACUGGCCACCAGUCCCACCUUCGCUCAGUUUAAUACCAGCAGUAACCUCCUGAAGACCGGAUUUGACUUUCUUGACAACUGGUAACAGCGGCUUCAAGUAACAACAUUGAGUGACUGGAUCAACUCAACACUAGAAGGACCAUUGUGAUGACCAUUUUAAUACAUGUAUUAAGGAAAGCCAACAAUUGAACUGACGAUGUCUAUUUAUCCGAAAUGGCUUUUUAUGGCAUAUCUCACUACGUGUGCUUUUGAUUCCCCACUGCCAGAACCCGCACCCUCCAGCUGUUACCUUUACCUUUUUUACUCUGACCUCGUACUAGUGCUAAGCAUUACUGUAGUGUACACUAAUGAGAAGCACUCAAAGCAGUAUGUUUAGAAAGCCAGAAUGUUAAGUGAUUUAUACCACUUGCAAUAUAGAUCUACAACCAUUUUACAUUACAAGAGUGCUAUUUUACAGAAUUUUGUAUGUAAAUUAUAUUUACUGUAUGCUAUAUUGCACUCAUAGAUUUUGAAUACCUGGAUUCAAAGCAAAUAAAUUAUAGAGAACGAA